CCACGAGCGGAAACUCGAAUUCAUCGAAUCGACAUGGGUCGUAGGAGUUCCACCACAACCUGAGCAAGCAGCAGUUGAGAGACAUUUUCUCUAAAUAUAGCAAGGAAAAAAAACUCCGUGUAGCUGGGGAAGGAAGAGUUGAAGACAGUUUUUGAGUACCUCGGUGUUCAGUUGCCAAGUUACCAGGCCGAGCGCACCCUCCAAUAUCUCAAUGCCAAUGAGGAUCAAUACAUAACAAACGAGGAGCUCGAUGGCCUCGUGGAUUAUGCUUAUGCCUAUGGUUUCCGCGGAUGAAAACAUCAGCGCGCAUCUAAACCCAUGGGUGAAUCUAUCCCUAUAGUACUCGUACUUGUUAUAUUUCGUCAUGUUUAAUUUGUGUUGUGUUAUUGAAUAAAAGAUGUUCUAUGUGUGUGUGUGAGAGUGUUGCACACCUGCUAAUGCACGAAUAUACGCACUAGAAAUGCAUGUACUUGAAUUAUGUGUUCUGUUUCUUUCAUCUAUUAUGAUGUAAUCAAGAGAGAGAGCUAUUAAUUCCUCAAUAUAUAGUACUACAAAUU